GGCGCCUAUAAACAACAUGGCGGCGGCCGCCCCUCUCGCUGCCCGCCGUCUGUAGGUGGCGCGGCGGCUGAGCGGGGCGCGGGGGCAGCGGGGGACGGCGCCGCCGGCCGCCUCCGCGCCGCUCCGUCCCGCACGCUCCCACCCCGCUCCUCGCCGGGCCGCGGCGGGGGCGGCCGGGCCGCGCUCCGCCCCGCCGUGCGGGGGUGUCUGGGCGCCUGGGAGCAGCCCCGCCGCUGCGCGAGCGGAGCGGAGCGGAGCUCCUCGGAGCGGCUGCUGGCCCGAGGGGACGGGUUCGGGAGCCGGCGAGGGGACAGGAGCCGCGAGGGGACAGGAGCCGCGAGCGGGGCCAUGUCGCUGCCGAUCCCCCCGACGGCCACGGCUGCCGCCGCCGACCUCCCCCCCGGCCCCGGCCCCGGCCCCGGCCCCGACGCGGAGCUGCUGCCGGGCGCGGAGCUGGGCCAGGGCAGCGCGGCCCCUCCGGCGGCCGAGGAGGAGGAAGGCGAGGGUGAGGAAGAAGAGGAGGAGGAAGGGGAGAAGGAGAGGGAGAAGCUGCCGCCCCUCCCGGCGGCAUCCAGCGCGGCGGCCGGGGAUCUGGACUUCUCACUCGUGUGCCAGGGGUUGGAAAGAGGAGCAAAAAAUCAGUUUUCUACUUUCAGCAAUUUCAUCACAACUAUCAACCAAAAGAAAGAAGGCACCGGAAACAGAAAUUCACCUACGCAACUUGUUAUACCUAACAUCAAAAACGUGAGAGAUCUACCACCAAUUUGUCUCGAUGUUAGACAAAAGCAACGAAUCUCUAUAGAUACACUACCCCAAGAACUGAAAGCACCCGUUCCUCCUGAACCUUCCCUUCCUAUCCGAACCAAAACUGUGAAAGACUUCCAGGAUGAUAUAGAAAAGUCAAAGUCAUCAGGAGACUGGAAAGCUGUGCAUGAUUUUUAUUCUACAACGUUUGAUUCUUUCCUGGAGAUAAAUGCUGCAUUUAAGAAAGACACCAAUUCUCCAUUUAAUACCAUUGAGGACUCUGGAAUUGAUGCAAAAUUUGUGAAUGUUGUCUAUGAUGCCUUAUUGAAUACUCCUCAAGACGUUCAGAAGUCUGUCCUAAAGGGAAUAAUUAAUGGUCUGCUACAAGAAUGGAAAGGGCCACGAACAAAAGAUGAUCUUAGAGCAUACUGUAUACUUCUACAGAAUCCUCAAUUUAGUAACACUUCUACUUAUGUCAUCUAUGCUCACUUGCUAAGACAGAUAGCAGCCUUAACAGAAGCUGACCAUCAUUUCCUAGUGCACUGGUCUAAAAAGAUUUCACAGAGGAGGUUCAAGCAGGUGGUGGACAGGUUACUGCAAUUUAUUUCUUUACGCCUGUUUCCUGCAAAACCUGAAGAGUUUCCACCCAUGAUGAAAUGUACCUGGUGGAUUCCAUCAGCAACCAAAGUCCUGGCAUUAUUUAAUGCUGCAAAUAGUCUGAUUAGCCCCCCUAUUAUUUCAUAUAUGGAUUUCUACAAUUCUACACUUGAUCACAUUGAUCUUAUGGAAGAAUAUCAUAACUGGCAAUGUUAUGGAAAUUCACACAGGUUUUCUUUCUGUCAAUAUCCAUUUAUUAUUUCUAUAGCAGCGAAAAAGGUUAUUAUUCAAAGGGAUUCAGAACAGCAGAUGAUAAGUAUUGCACGACAAAGCCUUGUGGAUAAAGUCUCUCGCAGACAGAAACCUGACAUGAAUAUGUUGUUCCUAAAUGUGAAAGUGAGGAGGACGCACCUUGUUAGUGAUUCACUUGAUGAGCUAGCAAGGAAGAGGGCAGAUUUGAAAAAGAAGUUGAAAGUCACAUUUGUAGGAGAAGCUGGUCUUGAUAUGGGUGGCCUGACAAAAGAAUGGUUUCUUCUUCUGAUUCGUCAGAUUUUUCACCCAGACUAUGGCAUGUUCACGUACCACAAGGAUUCACGCUGCCAUUGGUUCAGCAGCUUUAAGUGCGAUAACUAUUCUGAAUUCCGACUGGUUGGAGCUCUUAUGGGACUUGCUGUCUAUAAUAGCAUCACCUUGGAUAUUCGUUUCCCACCUUGUUGUUACAAGAAAUUGUUGAGUCCUCCUAUAGUUCCAUGUGAUCAUAACACACUUGUAGGCAUCUGUGAUGUUACGUUGGAUGACUUGUUUCAGAUUAUGCCUGAAUUGGCCCAUGGACUGAAUGAACUUUUGUCCUAUGAAGGCAAUGUUGAAGAGGAUUUUUACUCAACCUUUCAGGUUUUUCAGGAAGAAUUUGGUGUUAUAAAAUCUUAUAACCUAAAGCCAAAUGGAGAUAAGAUUCCAGUCACAAAUCAGAAUAGGAAAGAAUAUGUGCAGCUUUAUGUUGAUUUUCUUCUCAACAAAUCAAUCUACAAACAAUUUGCAGCUUUCUAUUAUGGAUUUCAUAGUGUCUGUGCUUCAUAUGCAUUACUGCUACUUCGUCCGGAAGAAGUUGAAAUACUUGUAUGUGGUAGUCCUGAACUGGAUAUGUCCGCUUUACAGCGAAGUACUCAAUAUGAGGGAUACCAGAAAACUGAUCUCACUAUAAGAUACUUUUGGGAUGUAGUACUUGGAUUUUCUCUUGACCUUCAAAAGAAGCUGCUACAUUUUGCUACAGGAAGUGACAGAGUACCUGUGGGAGGCAUGGCGGAUUUGAAUUUCAAGAUUUCAAAGAGUGAAACAUCCACUAAUUGGUUACCAGUGGCCCAUACUUGCUUCAACCAGCUUUGUCUCCCUCCUUACAAGAAUAAGAAAGAAUUGAAGCAAAAGUUGAUCAUUGGAAUUUCAAAUGCAGAGGGUUUUGGUCUAGAAUAAAAUAAAAUACUUCAAGAACAGCAUUUUUAUGUAGCACUCACUCUCUUCUAAUUGUGCCUUUAAGCUUUUUGUUAUGUCUCUUGAUACUGUGCAAGUCUUACCCAACUUAUAUAUUUUUAAAAUAUGAAGUGUAUGUUUUUUCCUUAAUGGCAAUACAUUUACUGCUUGCUUUGUCACAGAAAGUAGUUUUCUUCGUACAAAAAGCUAGUCUAUUUGAUAAAAGAAACAUGAUGAAGACAAUUUCAAAGUUAUAGUUUGUUUCCGUUUUUCCUUAAUAGCACUUUAUCAUUAAUUGUAAUUACUUUACAACACAUAUAUUCCACUGGGAAAUAAUACACAGAAUAUUUCUAUAUUAGCUAGUCCCAGUGGUGGAAUGUUUUCAAUUAACGUCAAUAGUAGAAAAGAAUGUAACUUACAGCAUGUAGCCAUAUUUUCACAAAGGAAUAUAGGAAUUUUAGUCUUUAUAAAAUGUAUGCAGUUUUAAUAUUCUGGUUUUCCUUCUCAGCUAAACAGGCUGUCUAAGAAGCAUGUAAAUAACUGCCUGUGAACAAAUAGGGUUUUGAUAGUGCCAUUUACUGCUAAAAACUUAUUUUUUAUGAAUAAGAGGUUUUAGGUGUUCUAUAUUCAGCUUUUACAGAUCAACAGGAUUGACUGUACAAAGAAUGUUAAAAAGUACUUUCUUCAGCUCGAGGGAAUUCAAGGCCAAACUACAGAUAUUAAGCAACUUGUAGGUUCAAUCUUUGAAACUGACAGAAACUAUAGUGUCAUGGUAAACAAAACUAGAUAUUUAAAGUAAAUUCUGCAAAUGUUGAAAUACUUCAGGAAAAAAAUAAAUUUCCAA